AUGGCACCUGACUUGAAAGAAUACGACGAAGAGCAAGUCCGUCUUAUGGAAGAAAUGUGUAUUGUCGUUGACGAAAACGACAAACGUAUUGGUGCCGACUCUAAAAAGACUUGCCACCUUAUGACCAAUAUUGAAACUGGUCUCUUGCAUCGUGCUUUCAGUGUGUUUUUGUUUGAUUCCAAUAACAGGCUCUUGCUUCAACAACGUGCUACCGAGAAAAUCACUUUUCCUGAUAUGUGGACCAACACUUGUUGUUCUCACCCUUUGAAUACUCCUUCUGAAUUGGUAGAAGAAGAACAACUUGGUGUCCGUACUGCUGCUCAACGUAAAUUAGAACAUGAGCUCGGUAUUCAACCUGAACAAGUGCCUCUUGAUAAAUUCAAGUAUUUGACACGAAUUCAUUAUUUGGCCCCUAGCGAUGGUCAAUGGGGUGAACAUGAAGUGGACUACAUCUUGUUCAUGAAGGCUGAUGUGACUUUAAAUGUGAAUCCUAAUGAAAUCCGCGAUGUCAAAUAUGUCACGCCUGAAGAACUCAAGGCUAUGUUUGCUGAUCCCAAUGUGCCUAUGACACCUUGGUUUAAGCUCAUUUGUAAUUCCUUUUUGUUCAAGUGGUGGGAUAGACUUGACACCAUUGAACAAGUGGAAACAGACCAUACCAUUCACCGCUUAGGUUUUGAUUAA